GUUUCGCCUUCAACAAAGAUGGUGCUCAUGGUACAAGUUUCCUAACAGUCUGGAUUCCGGUUGCAGUUUUUAACCCCCCCCUCCCCAAGAUACGUGUUUGCAGACGGAGAAAUGGACUCCAGAGACAAGCAAGUGCUUCGCUCACUUCGCCUGGAGCUGGGUGCAGAGGUAUUGGUGGAGGGUCUGGUUCUUCAGUACCUUUACCAGGAAGGAAUCUUGACUGAAAACCACGUUCAAGAAAUCAAAGCUCAAGCCACAGGGCUCCGGAAAACAAUGCUGCUGCUAGAUAUCCUGCCUUCCAGGGGUCCCAAAGCAUUUGACACAUUCCUAGAUUCCCUGCAGGAAUUUCCCUGGGUAAGAGAGAAGCUGGAGAAGGCAAGAGAAGAAGUCGUAGUGGAGCUGCCUGCAGGUGACCGGAUCACUGGGCUCCCUCCACACGUCCUCAACAGCUGCCCAUCGGACAAGCAGCUCAACCAGCUGGCCCAGAGGCUGGGCCCCGAGUGGGAGCCCGUGGUGCUGUCCCUGGGACUGUCCCAGGCGGAUAUCUACCGCUGUAAGGCCAACCAUCCCCACAACAUGCAUUCGCAGGUGGUGGAGGCCUUGGUCCGCUGGCGGCAGCGCUUCGGGAAGCAGGCCACCUUCCAGAGCCUGCACGGAGGCCUGCGGGCCAUGGAGGUGGACCCCUCGGUGCUCCUGCAGGUGCUGGAGUGAUGGGGCCUCCGCCAGCCCGCUGAGCAGUGGCCAGGGUCACCUGGCCGAGUCCCAGCUUCCACUCAGAGCAGGUAGUUUUUUGUUUAGAUUAGUUUUGCUUUUUUUUUUCUUUUUGACGAUCCUCAGAUGGAAGGAGAGAACAAGGUUUCCACUUAACAUGUCUUAAGAGGCCAGAUGACUCAGCGGAUCUCCUACAUUGUCUCCACAAUGUGCUGUCUUUAAUUGUUUGAAGAUUGUGUUGCUGUAAUUGUGCAGUUUUUAAUUGUGUGCUUGUCUUUUAAUAGAGCAGUAUAUCAUAAUAUUCAAAAAAAGGCCACGUUAUCACGUCAUGGGCAGGUAUUCUAUAUAUAAAGCAUCCACUUUUACAUUGCCUGGAAACAGACUGUGGACUUUGCUAUUCAUAAUGACGAUGAAAAUAAAAAGUGAAUUACUAUAUAUAAUG